AUGAAAUGGCGUGAAAGGGGAGAACUAGGUGCCGACAACGUGAAGUGCCUAUUUGAGUUUGAGCAGGAUUGUGGCAGUAUGGUCUGAUUUGCUGGGUAUUAUGCAGCUGAAUAGAACAUUUUUUUCUGGUAAAGCUAAAACGGAGACAGCCUGCAAAAUUACACAAGGUAUGAAACCCAGUGCUAUAAAUAAUUAAUUAAAACCUAAACCAGAUCAAACAAAAUAAGCUUCUCUAUUCAACAUAUAGCUAGCGUAUGUGUUGAAAUAUUUCCCCUGCUUGAAGGGCUUCUGGAGAAAUUACCAUAUAUACUCGAGUAUAAGACGAGUUAUUCGGCACAUUUUUUGCCAACAAACGGGGACUUGUGGAGAAGGGCACGAGACGCAACUGGCCCAAACAUGGCGUGCUUCACGGAGGCUGCUCAGACUUCUCUGACGAUCUUUCCGGAGAAGAGUACCUACCAGCUCCCAUCCCGCGGCGACCAACACAGUCAAGCGAGACAGACGUGGACUCAGCGCCGGUCACCACAGCGGUCUUAAAACGACUGCUCACUGACCUACAAAACAAUAUACUUCAAGAUGUCACUUCCCUAUGGGGCGACCUUAAGGGGUUGACAGGCCACAUAAGCACGCUAGAAAGCGCAUCCACUACCAACUCCCAGGACAUUGGCGACCUCCACAAAGCCGUAAACGACCUGAAAUUCAAACAACAGAAACUCGACCAACGCUUAGCAGACCAAGAGGACACAAAGAGGCAGAACAACUUAAAGGUUAGAGGGAUCGCUGAAACGAUAACCGAAGCUGAAUUGCCACAAGUCAUUACACAUCUGCUCACAAAUAUAUUGGCACCCACACAAGCCAAACAUAUUAUCCUGGACAAUCUCUUCAGGAUUCCCAAAAGCGCCAACCUCAGCUACAAGAGACGUGAUAGUCACCUUCUGCAAAAGCCAAGAUAA